GAGAAAAGAGACACAGAGAGACACGAAAAAACACUUUCGAAGCCGUUUGAACUGAAACUGAGAGUGGGAGAGUGGCUGUCAAUUCUUUUCCAAAGGUUGUUUGUAUAUGUAUUUGAACAGUUACUUUUUCUAAAACCCUCUGAAAAUCUAGGGUUUUAUUUUUUGGGAGGGAUUUCCAUUUUUUUUUUUUUUUUUUUUUUAUUUUUUACUCCGAGCUCUCAUUCAGAAGCAGCAAAACGACUUCCAAGCUUAUCAAGAUUUCCAAUGGAGCCAGUUUUGGCGUUAGAAGAUGAGCCUAGAGACAUUGAUCAGCACGAGUGGUUGUCAGCGUCGCCGCCACUGUCGUCGUCGUCGUCUUCAUCAUCAUCGUAUAGCCUCAAAUUGGUGCCGUGGUUGAGGUGGGACGAAUGGCUCUUCGUAUACCACUCGCUCUUCUCAGAUUCUGUGGACACUGUGGCUUCCGCUCUUAGAAAAAUAUCGGCAUGGCGAAGCAGAGGAUGUGUACCUGUUACCGUCGAAGUUACGGCUUCCAUCGUUGAAAUUCAACAAAAAGAUCCUUACUUUAGAAAGGAUCAAUCUAAUGAUGCUCUGGGUAGUCGAGCUAAUCAGUUUAGUGAUGGUGAGCUUUCAGAAGAAAUGCUUGCAAUGUUGUAUUGCAUGGCAAUCAUGAGGCUUGUGAAUGGUGUAGUUGAGAAAACACGUAAGAAAACUGAGGUUUCCAUUGCCGUAGCUGCUGCCAAAAUUGGUAUUCCACGUAUGCUGAUUGAUGUUCGACACGAGGGUUCUCAUCGUGAGCUUCCUGCACUUCAGGUGGUUCGUAGUGCCUCUGUUAAGGCACUUGAUUGGUUGAAAGUUUACUAUUGGGAGCCUCAGAAGAAGGCAAUUCCAUUUCAGGGUGAUGGAAUUGCUAACAUCAGAAAAGGAAUAAAGAAUAAACUCCAUGAAUUGGCAUUCUGCUUGAAAGCUAAGCAGCAUCUUCAUUCUGGCUCAUCAUCAGAGAAGGGAAAACGUUUUUGUUCUGAAGUUAGAGAAAUAUGGUUGAGCUACUUUAGAAUAUGUUCAGGUCUCAGACAUCAUGAAAUGCUUUGUGGGCGUAAUAAGUUUUUCUCACUUGUGGCAGGCAAGCUCCAUUCAUCAAAAUCUGCAGAUAAUGCUACAGUUCAUGUAUUUGGCAUUUGUACACCUCUGGGAAACAUCUCUUUGUCCAUGCUGUGCAAAAUUGACCAAGUUCAUUGCUGUGGGAUGUUAGGUUCUAAGAAACAGCUUAGCAAGAUUUUAAAAAAUCUUGUUGGGUUAUAUGCUUCCUAUUCCUCUGAUGUUGUAUUGGUAUUGUUGGAUCUCUUGCUGAAGGCCUUAAAGUCCUCAGAUUUGCUGGAACCUCCAGUAGAUGCCCAAGUUUUCCCCAACAUAGAUACAUUGUUGAAUGAAUGGAAGCUUGUAAUCACGAAGUUAUCAAAUAAGGAGCCAGAGUUACUUCUAACGCUUCUUACAGCAGUUCUAGACAUGAUUGAGACUCAUGAUGCCAUGAAAUAUGAAAUGGAUUACAGGCCAGAGGGUCGUCAUAUUGAACACCUCUCUUCUCUUUUCACAUGGCUUGUUAGAAAUUUCAAGGAGUUAAAGUCUCGUCAUCACAAAGAUUCUGCCAGUGAGAUAAAAGUUUCGUCAUCGGAAACAACUAUGUCUAAAGCAUUAGUUAUGGAACUUUUACGUAGGUGCCUUAUGUUGGCUUCUUCUGGGAACAAUCAGGUCAUGGAUUCGGCUUUCCAUCUUGCGCAGUUGAUUGGUAAUGAUCAUCUUAUUGGGAAACUGAGCAAGUUCUCUGUCUUAGUUUCAUCAAAUUCAAAUGUCAUUGGAGAUGAUUCUUCUAAUAUGAAUUUUAAGAAUCUUCUUAUCCAGCAAGAUGAAUCCAUUUGUCAAGCAGCCAAGAAGCUUGAGUUGAUUAAACUUCACCAGAUGAAGGGAAAAAUAGUGAAGAAGGCAGAUGAAGUGCUAAAUUCAAACCGAUGGGUUGUGGCAAGAUCAUGGAAUCCAUGUCCAAUUGGUAUGUUGCCUCGUGCUGUUGGGUCUUCUGGAUGUCUUCCUGUUCUCGACUACAAUGAUGACCAGAACAAGGUUGUUGAAAUACCACAAACAAAAGGUAACUGGGAAUUGAACCAUUGUAACAGAAAGAGAGAAGCUAGUUCUGAUAUUCAGCUACUAGAUGACUCUAGUAUCAAGAAGAAGAGGGUGACAGUUGAGGACAGCAUAUCUAAUCAUGAGGAUGCUUUGUUAAUGGAUGGUGUCAAUGGUCGUCUGAUGAUAGGCGGCGUUUGGAAGGAAGUUGGGCAAGAAGAGCUACUUGCCAUUAAGUCAUCAGUAAGGAUAUUGAUCUAAUUUUUUUUGAGUUGGGAUAGAUCUAAUCUUGGACAAUAUAUGAGCAGAAAGUCUAGCUUCUGGUAUGGACAUCAAGCGAAAAAGAUAGUUUGGCCUUGGUAAUUGUGAAGGUUAAUACAUUUAUGUGCUUCAGUGAAGAAUGUACCAUAAGCCUCAUUGCUAGCCGGAAGAUGCACAAGGUCAAAUGCAUGGAAAAAUGGUGUACUGGAUUGUAACAGAGAUUCAAUAUCAUAUGGCAAAGUUGCAACUGCAAGAAACAUGUUGUCAAAGUAACAUUUAUUUGCUAGAGAACAAUAAAAGAAAUGUUUUUUUUUUUUUUUUUUUUACAUAAGGUAUUGGUACUCUCUUUAGGUCAAAAUAAUUUGGCUGCUGCAUAUUUAUUACAAAGUUACUGUGCAGCAAGGCUACAACCAUUAAUAGCGCUGCCUUAGCAUUGUUUCGUCCAACUUUUUGCGUUGCCUAAUGCAGACUAUUCGACUUUUCCACAUGCAUGACC